AUGGAAGCCAGCCGACACGGCACACACUCAUACAGCAUGUCGCAGCUCUACCGAGACCCGUGGGCGAAGCGCGAGGCAUGGCGCAAGCACCCCGUCUUCUCGCACCGCUUCAUGUUCCGCAACCUCUUCCCCGGCUUCGGCCUGGGCCUCGGCGCAUUCCUGGUCUACUGGGCCGCCGACACCCUCACACAUCCCUCCAACAUCGAGAAGCUCAAGGAGGACGCCCGCAAGCAGACCGGACGUGACCACUAG